AGCCAGCUGGCCGUGGAGACCAGUCUCUGGGAUAUAUGUCACGUCCAGCAAGGGAGUCCUUCAGUGACCCCAGGAUGGGGCUGCUUCUCUCUAGCUGAGCAAUUCUUCCAGAGGGAACCGAGCAGGGAGGGGGUGGGCCCGCAGUGUCCCCUCCUGUGGCCCCGGGAUGCUGGACUCCUCAGUGGCAGAUCAACUGACCCGACUAACCCUGAAACUCCUUGAGAAGAAACUAGAGCAAGAGCGUGAGGAUGUGGAGGGGGCUUCUGAGGACGCCCAUGUCGUGCCAGGAGAUGAGGACGGGCCAGAGGCUGCCCUGCGGAGCGCUCUGAGGAUGAGGAAGGACCUUCUGCAGAGACUCUGGGAGCAGCGCCUCUUGGAAGAGGCUUCCCGGGUUCGUCACCACAGGGAACCGCACGGAGGAGCCCAUGGGUCAGUGCUGCCCCCAGAGGCGCCUCCUGUGGGCGUCCACCCUGCUGUCCCCCCAGCCCCACCUGCCCCAGACCCACCACGGAUCAUCCAACACCUGGCCCCCCCACCUCCUGCCACCAUCAUCCAGCAGCUGCCUCAGCAGCCACUCAUUGCACAGAUCCCCCCUCCCCCGGCCUUCCCUACCCAGCGGUCAGGAAGCAUCAAGGAAGAGGUGGUGGAGAUGAUGCUGAUGCAGAACGCGCAGAUGCAUCAGGUCCUCAUGCAGGCCUUGAUGCUCAGAGCCCUGCCCCCGGCAGCACUCGCGCCCACCCCGCCGCACCUCACCCCACAGAGGCCGCCCUCCGUCCGCCACCACCACCGCUGCGCACCUCCAGCGCUGCUGCCGGCCAUGCCUGCGCCUGGCUCCCCUCUGGGUUACUCCGUGUGGCCCCUGCUGGUCUCUGCCGCUGCUCUCCCGCCUGCCGCCAGCUUCCUGCCCAGCACCGCGCAGUACGUGACCGGCCCGUCUGCGGCCGCCCUCAGCACGAUGGCGUCCAGCGGGGUCCUGCCGGCACAGGCGCCAGGCCCGUGACCUCAUGGUGGGCUCAGUUCCACACAGAGCAGGAGCUCUGCUCGGGUCUGCGUCUUUGGAACUGGCAGUCGCCAGAAGGCUCCUCAGAAGAAAUGACCUUGGAAUUGCCCUCCAGCUGCACACAGGCUCCCCCGCUGGGCUGACUGCACCC